CUAAUCAAAAAAAUAUGUCGUUGCCACGUGUUUACUUUGACAUCAACGCCGGGGGCGAAAAACUUGGACGCAUUGUGAUGGAGUUACGUUCAGACGUAGUGCCCAAGACAGCUGAAAACUUUCGCGCUCUGUGCACUGGGGAGAAGGGCUACGGCUACAAGGGCUGCCCGUUCCAUCGCGUCAUACCGGGCUUUAUGUGUCAAGGCGGCGAUUUUACCAAUCAGAAUGGCACCGGGGGUCGUUCGAUUUACGGCAAUAAGUUUGCCGACGAGAACUUUACAUUGAAGCACACGGGUCCGGGCAUUCUGUCCAUGGCAAAUGCCGGACGUAACACCAACGGCUCGCAGUUCUUCAUAUGCACUGGGAAGACUAAUUGGCUGGACAACAAGCACGUUGUCUUCGGCAAAGUUGUGGAGGGCAUGGAUAUUAUUGCCAAGGUGGAGACGUUGGGCUCCAACUCCGGCAAGACCUCGAAGAAAGUGAUUAUCGAAGACUGCGGCAGCUUGUGAAGAGGCUCAAAUUAAUUUAAUGCUUCAGCAUGUAAACAGAAAUACUUGAAAUUCGUUGAUCCAU